GUCUUCAUCUGCAGAGACUCAGAGUCUCUCAAUUUCUGGGAACAAACUAGCUACUUUACGUUAUAAUUUUUCCUUUGAAGCAAAAAAAUGCCUGAAGAAAUGGUGAAAAGGUCACCUGCUCAAGAAAAAUAUGGCAGGAUUCAAUUUGCAAUAAGGUUAGUGGCGGUGCUAGUGUUUCUGGGAUGGAUUCUACUAUGGAUAAUGGCGCCCACAAACACUUACGCAAAAAAAUGGAGUCCUCAAAUUGUAAAAAAGACUAUUUCUACAUAUUUUGGAAUACAAGGUUCAAAUAUUCUGACUUUCACUUUCCCAAUCUUGUUCAUAGCUGUUUUGGGAUGUGUCUACCUCCAAAUAGCCACAAAAAGCACCAUCAUCAGCAGCAGCAAUGACCUCUCAACCAUGUGGAAGAGUCCAGUGCUUGUAAAAGGCCCUCUUGGCAUUGUUUCUAGCACAGAACUAGCAUUCUUGCUCAUGUUCAUUGCAUUAUUAAUUUGGUCUUUUACAACUUAUAUAUACAAUAGCUUUCCACAAAUCACUCCGAAAUCAGCAGCAGCAUUUGGCAUGAACGUAUGGGAAGCGAGACUAGAUUAUGCAGCAGCGUGGUUGGGUAGGACUGGGACCGUAUGCUUGGCAUUCCUGUUUUUUCCGGUGGCGCGUGGCUCGACGGUCCUUCCACUGCUUGGCCUGACCUCGGAGAGUUGCAUCAAGUACCAUAUUUGGCUUGGACACAUAGUCAUGACAAUCUUCACUUCUCACGGCAUUUGUUACAUCAUCCUUUGGGCAGCCACAUCCCAAAUUUCUCAGAUGCUGAAAUGGAACAAAGUUGGGAUAUCAAUAGUGGCAGGAGAGAUAGCUUUGCUUGCUGGUUUAUUCCUGUGGGUUACAACCAUUCCCCGCAUAAGGCGAAAAGUUUUUGAGCUCUUCUUCUACGCUCAUUACAUAUACAUCAUCUUCAUCAUUUUCUUCGUCUUUCACGUUGGCAUUACCUAUUCGCCCUCCAUGAUGCUUCCUGGUUUCUACCUCUUCUUGGUUGAUCGCUUCCUGAGGUUUCUACAAUCAAGUCGCCAAGUUCGAGUGGUUUCUGCUCGUGUUUUGCCAUGUGAAACUGUAGAACUCAACUUCUCUAAGGGCCAUGGGUUAACAUAUAAUCCCACAAGUGUGAUGUUCAUAAAUGUUCCAAGCAUAUCCAAGCUGCAGUGGCAUCCAUUUACAGUCACUUCUAAUAGUAACUUGGAGCCAGAAAAGCUAAGUGUCGUCAUUAAAAGUGAAGGAGCUUGGACCCAGAAGCUCUACCAACAGCUUUCAACUUCCACAAUAGAUCGCCUCGGUGUGUCUGUUGAAGGUCCUUAUGGACCUGCUUCAUUCAAUUAUCUAAGGCAUGACACACUUGUGAUGGUGAGUGGAGGAAGUGGCAUAACACCUUUUAUCUCCAUCAUUCGGGAGCUUAUAUAUCAAAGCACUGCACUCAAAUGUAAAACCCCAAAAGUUGUUCUCAUUUGUGCAUUCAAGAAGUCUUCAUCUCUGUCAAUGCUAGAUUUGAUCCUUCCAAUUUCUGGCACCCCAUCUGACGUUUCUAGUCUAGAAGUACAAAUUGAGGUUUACAUCACAAGAGAUAAGGAGCUUCAAUCAGAAACCCCAAUUCACCCUCAAACCAUAUUGUUCAAGCCAAAGCCAACUGAUGCACCUGUACAUGCCAUUUUAGGUCCAAACAGUUGGCUCUGGCUUGGUGCUAUAAUUUCAUCCUCAUUCAUCAUUUUCCUUAUCAUAAUUGGGAUCAUUACUCGUUUCUACAUUUUCCCUAUCGAUCAUCAUUUGGAACAAACAUUCUCAUAUUCUUUGAGGGCGUUCCUUAACAUGAUAGCAAUAUGUGUGUCCAUAGCCAUUGUUUGCAGCACAGCUGUUCUUUGGAACAAGAAAUACAAUGCUGAAGAAACAAAGAUUCAGAACUUGGUAGGGUCAUCAACAACGUCAUCAAACUCAAUGAUUAACAAUGAAGAUAGAGAGUUGGAAAGCCUUCCAUACAAUUCCCUUGUUCAAGCUACCAAUGUGCAUUAUGGUGUAAGACCAGACCUAAAAAGACUGCUAUUUGAACUCAAAGGGACAAGUGUGGGAGUUGUCGUUUCAGGACCCAAAAGUUUGAGGCAUGAUGUUGCAGCCAUUUGCUCAUCUGGUUCAGCUAAAAACCUCCAUUUUGAGUCCAUCAGUUUUAGCUGGUGAAUUUUUACUCCUACUAUUUUGAAGUGUGGAAAUAAGUUAAUGAUCAAUCCCUAUAGCAGGACCUAGUAGUCUCAGCUAGCCUGGAUGAACUUUGAACUUUUAUGUUGCUUUGAUUUAAUUGGGCCUUAAUGACUAGCAGAUAAUGAAGUUUACUUUGGUA